UUUGUCCCCACUCUCAAACGAGAACCAAUCGAAUCGGAAGUGAUAGGCGUUUAAAUAAUACUUGUUGUUUUGUUUUUUGUUUUUUUGCUGUUUUGAAAGCUUAUUUGGCUUUGAUGGUGAUUUUCAAAUCUCCAAUAAGUUUGCGACAUGGUGACUAUUAAUUUGUGGUUAUAAUGAAGCUCUCAGCUGUUUGGCAGCUCCCGCUUUCGUGGUUUCCGGUUUUGACACGGAGGUAAAGAUGUGGAGGACAGCGUGUCUGUCCGGCGUGAGGCGGGCGGUAAAAACUCCGUCUCGGCUCUGUUCUGUUUCGCCACAGGGUCUGUCAUGUCCCCUGUCUUGUCACUACUUCCUCUCCUCCUCUUCUUCCACUACGCGGCCCCGCGCGGAAAAACGGAGACGGAGACUGGAGCGAGAGGAGGUCAUCCUGUCAGCCGAGCAGCAGCCGGGUGGUGAAGGUAAAGUGGAAAAAUGGAGCCAAACACAGGAGGUCGUUUACAGAGACCUAACACCUCCUGGGAUGAAGAAAGAUGUUAGCUCGGUGUUCCCGUCAUCAUACAGUCCAGAGUUUGUGGAGUCCAGCUGGUAUGAAUGGUGGGAAAAAGAGGGCUUCUUCAGACCUGAGCAGCAUGAUCACCUGCCCCACCGGACGGACCAGACCUUCUCUUUGUGCAUCCCGCCUCCUAAUGUGACUGGCUCUCUGCACCUGGGCCACGCUCUCACCGUGGCUGUGGAGGACGCUCUGGUUCGAUGGAGGCGAAUGCAGGGCUGCAGAGUUCUGUGGGUUCCUGGAUGUGAUCAUGCAGGAAUUGCAACACAGGCAGUGGUGGAGAGAAGACUUGUCGGGACGAAAGGGAAGCGCAGACAGGACUUCACCAGAGAUGAGUUUCUGCAGGAGGUGUGGAAGUGGAAGAAUGAGAAAGGAGAUGAAAUCUACCAGCAGCUGAGACGGCUUGGAGCCUCUCUGGACUGGAGCAGAGCCAGAUUCACUAUGGAUCCAGGUUUUUGCAGCACUGUGACAGAAGCUUUCGUCAGGCUCUGCGAUUCAGGUUUGAUUUAUCGCUCUGAGGGUUUGGUGAACUGGAGCUGCGCUCUUCAAUCUGCCAUCUCCGACAUUGAGGUCGACUGGAAGGAUCUGUGUGGGAAGACCUUGAUGUUUGUUCCCGGCUAUGAAAAGCCGGUAGAGUUUGGUGCCAUGUUUACCUUUGCGUAUCCUGUAGAGGGCCUCGAGGCAGAAGUGGUGGUAUCCACCACCCGUCCUGAGACGAUGCUCGGAGACGUUUCCGUAGCGGUCCACCCCGACGAUCCUCGAUAUCAGGCUUUUCAUGGGAAACAGGUCAGACACCCAUUUACCAACAGGCUGCUCCCCAUCAUUACAGACACAGCUGUGGACAUGGAGCUAGGAACGGGUGCUAUGAAGGUGACCCCUGCCCACGACCAUGUGGACUUCCUGUUGUCUCAGAGACAUUCGCUGUCGCAUCUCUCUGUAAUUGAGGGGGACGGGAGGAUGAGCCCCCUAUGCGGCCCGUGGCUGCAGGGCGUGAGGCGGUUCGAUGCCAGGCAGCUGGUGAUAGAUGCUCUCGUUGAGAAGAGGCUGUUCAGAGGGGAGAAGAGUCAUGCCAUGACUUUACCUGUGUGCAGCCGCACAGGUGACAUCAUCGAGCCUCUUCUGAAAAGGCAGUGGUUCCUGCGCUGCAACAGGAUGGCAGAGAAAGCUGUGCAGGCUGUGGAGGACGGAGAGCUGCAGAUCGUUCCCCCGCACUAUACAAAAACGUGGAAGAACUGGCUGUGUAACAUCAGUGACUGGUGCAUAUCCAGACAGCUGUGGUGGGGCCAUCAGAUCCCUGCUUACCAAGUCCAGAUUGUGGGUUCUACCAACAAAAUCCAGGAGCAGUGGGUGUGGGGGCGCAGUGAAGAAGAGGCUCGAAGUCGAGCUGCCAGCAGAUAUGGAGUCAAGCCAGAGGACGUCAUUUUGACUCAAGACCCCGAUGUUCUGGAUACCUGGUUUUCAUCGGGUCUUUUCCCCUUCGCCGUGCUUGGCUGGCCAGAACAGACUCCUGAUCUGAAAGACUUUUACCCCAAUUCUUUGCUGGAAACAGGCAGCGACCUCAUCUUUUUCUGGGUCGCUAGAAUGGUCAUGCUGGGAACUGAGCUGACGGGACGGCUUCCAUUCCGACAGGUUUUGUUCCACCCUCUGGUGAGAGACAAGUACGGCAGGAAAAUGAGUAAAUCUUUGGGAAACGUCAUCGACCCUUUAGAUGUGAUACAAGGAGUUUCACUGCAGAGACUUCAGGAAAAAGUGAAGGAAGGAAAUCUGGACCCGCGGGAGCAGCUGGUAGCCAUGGAAGCACAGAAGAAGGACUUCCCGAAAGGAAUCCCUCAGUGUGGAACUGACGCUUUGAGAUUUGCCCUCUGCUCUCACAGACUGCAGGGAGAGGACAUCUGUCUGUCCGUCUCUCAGGUCCUAAGCUGCAGACACUUCUGCAACAAGAUGUGGCAGACGCUGAAAUUCACACUUGGAGUUCUUGGGGAAAACUCAGCCCCAGUGUCGACCCUAAAAGAGACGGUUCCUACAGGCAGUGUGGAGCGGUGGAUCUGCUCCAGACUCUACAGCACAGUGCAGCAGUGUGAGCAAGCCUUUGAAGCCUAUGAGCUGCACGCUGUCACCUCCGCCCUGUACUCCUUUUGGGUUCAUAACCUGUGUGACGUCUACUUGGAGUACGUAAAGCCAGUCCUGGCAAAGCCUGAGGAGCAGGCGGGGAUCCAGAAAAACACUGAGCCCGGUGUCAGCAGGAGUCAGGAGGCUCGCUCCGUCCUCUUCCACUGCUUGGCUGUGUCUCUGACACUGUUGUCCCCUUUCAUGCCCUUCAUCACUGAAGAGCUGUGGCAGCGGCUACAGCCAUUCACCCCCACAGCGCCGGCGCACAGCAGCCUAUCUAUGCAGCCGUAUCCCCGCUCCUCUCAACUGGAGCAUUGGCACUUCUCAGAAGAAGAAGAGAACUUCCUGCUGGUCCAGGAGGUGAUCCGGGUGGCUCGUUCCCUACGAGCGCGAUGUGGGCUCACAAAGGAAAAGCCCAGCAUGUGGGUGGUGUGUUCACCCAGCCAGGCCCAGGUCCUCCUGCACUUUGGGUCUGCAGUUCAGACCCUUGGCCGGAUGUCCAGCCUGCAGCUCUACUGUCCUGACAGAGCGGGCGCCCAGCUGUCUGUCUGCUCCACUCCUCCACCUGAAGGAAGCCUCGUGGGUGUGGUAGAUAACACCUGUACAGUACACCUUCACCUUCAGGAUGGAGUGAAUGUGGACAAACAGAUCCUGCAACUUUCUCAAAAGAGAGGCAAGCUUGUUUUGAAACUAGAGGAAAUGCUCUGCAGACUGCAAUCUCCUGACCACCUGACCAAGGUUCCCGCUCAUGUUAGGCAGCAGAUGGACAAGAAGCUUUUGGAUCUGAAACAGGAGUUGGAAACUAUUGAAGACCAGUUGGAGCUACUGCAGAAAACUCAGGGAGGAAGAUGAGUUCGGUUCCUUGCUUUCGAUGAAGACACAAACACGUCUACAUCUUAAACGGAGACUGAACUUCUUGCCCCGAUGAGGUUGGACUGCUUCUUAUUGUGGUGCAGAGCUACUCUUCAGUGGAUUGUGGAUAGAUGCGAGUAAUGGACACCCAUGGACAGGUUCACCAAGAAUCUUUGCAGUCUGCCCUGAUGUAUGCAGAACCCUGAUGAGAACCAACACGUUAGAACUAGAGGAUCAAUCCUUUGAGCUUCAUUUAAAACAUGUUUGCAGUGUGAAUCUGUGUCAGACUGGGACUCCUCAUCUGCCUGUCAUUUGAGAUGAUGUGAAUAAAGAGACCACAACAGUUUUAGAAAACAAUAGGUUUUGUAUAUGGACUCAUCAAAUCCUGUCCAGUCAAUUCAUUUUACUCAUAAUGCAUCAAAUUAUAAGACUGUCUGAAGAUGCUACAGAAAAGGCAAGAAACAUCAAACCAAGUUAGUCAUUAAACAAAUAUUGUGUUCCGAUUCAGUCCAGAUUUUUAGGCCAAAUUUUCUUUACUGUAUUUUAAUGAAAACGUAUAAAAGUGACCCAGCAGAUUACCUUCAUUCAUCAUCUAAACCCGUUUUGUCCCUUUUGGGGUUACGGGGCUGCCGGAGCCUAUCCUGGCCACUCGAGCCAGUAGAUUACACUAAAGUGCAACAUCUGUUUUGGGUGACGAUGAGAGGAAGACUGUACUGCAGAACCAUGGCGACCAUCUGAUGUGAACGGUUGGAGCCUGACAGGACAGUGGAGAGAGAACAAGAAGUAGACCAAUACAAAAAUUACUAAAACAUCUAGAAAA